ACAAAAAGUGUCCGUUCAUCAUUUCAGCCCUCUUCAGGCGGAUUUUCAAGGCGAGACCGGAAGUGCGUUCAGUGUGUUGUCAUCACGCAGAGGAAAGCAGUCAGCACUGAGGUCAUCUGCUUCAAGGUGUACCUGAACCUUACCUGUGGUGAUUUCGCAAGAGAAGCCGAUAGGAUGUCUGGAGAUUUGCCUCUGAAUAUCAACAUUAAGGAACCACGAUGGGACCAGGGCACGUUUAUGGGCCGAGCUCAGCACUUCUUCAUGGUGACGGAUCCCAGAAACGUGCUGCUGUCCAGUGAGGUUUUAGAGGAUUCCAGAGUUACUGUGGAGAACUACAGGUUGGGAAUCGUGAAGCCUGGGCUAACAGAAGAUGAACUAUGGAGGGCCAAAUACAUCUACGACUCUGCUUUCCACCCAGACACAGGAGAGAAAAUGCUGCUAGUUGGACGCAUGUCUGCACAAGUGCCCAUGAACAUGACCAUUACGGGUUGCAUGCUUACCUUUUAUAGGACAACCCCAGCAGUGGUGUUUUGGCAGUGGGUAAACCAGUCCUUCAACGCCAUUGUCAACUAUACUAACCGCAGUGGAGACGCGGCAAUGACCAUGAAUCAGCUUGGAGCAGCCUACGUUAGUGCUACAACUGGAGCUGUAGUAACAGCCCUUGGACUGAAGUCUCUGACCAAGCACUUGCCAGCUAUUAUGGGUCGUUUUGUUCCAUUUGCUGCAGUGGCAGCAGCAAACUGUAUCAACAUACCCUUCAUGAGACAAAGAGAGCUGAAUUAUGGUAUUCCUGUUACCGAUGCUGAGGGAAAACGUCUCGGAGAAUCAAGUAAAGCUGCUCAGCAAGCCAUUGUACAGGUGGUGGUGUCUCGUAUCGGCAUGGCAGUGCCAGCCAUGGGUAAGCUUUUCUAUUCCCCAGUUAUCAUGAAUGCCUUAGAGAAGAAGGCCUUCAUGAAGCGGUUCCCGGUUCUCAAUGCCCCUGUACAAGUUGGACUUGUUGGACUCUGUCUGGUGUUUGCCACUCCGCUGUGCUGUGCUCUGUUCCCACAGAAGAGUUCUAUGAAGGUGAACAGCCUGGAGCCGGAGCUUCAAGAGAGUAUACGGCAAAGCAAUCCUAACAUCACUACUGUUUAUUUUAACAAGGGUCUGUAGAGAGGUCUAGGUUGCAGCCCAUGUUAAUGUCCUCCACUGCACUGGAGGUUAGUGGGCACAACUUGAAGGUUAGAACAUAUUUAUUUUUGUUUUGCUGUUCUGAGUUAUAUAUUUUUCUCAAUUUUACCCAUGUUAUUGUACUAUCCAAAAUAACUAUAUGUACAGUGAAGGUCAGAACUUGCUGCUGGAUUUAGUUAAAGAUGCUUGAAUGUUAACUGCUGCAUUGCUUUAUGCCUCCAUCUUGUGUUGACCGCACACACUUAUUUACCAGUAUAUUCAUUACUUUGAUUUAUACUAGAUUAUCACUUUUUUCCCCCCUUUUUUUCCACUAGUUAUCUUUGGCUCAGAACUUUCUAAGAUUUCCAGGUUUGUGGCUCCAACUCCACUCUCCCAUGUGCGUUGUUACUAAAGAAAGUUAAAGAAAUUGGGUUUUCAUCUUUAUUCUGCCAGGAGUAUUUCCACCUUUCAUGCUCCACUAUGUGCCCAUUAAGUGCACUUACGUAGUGAAUGCAGUGUGCUUUACUCUGUACUACAAAAGAAACCCUGAGAUGUGCAAACACUCCUUCAAAAGCACAUCGACAAUUAUCGGGUGACUAUCACUGAUAUCAUUUCCUGCAGGCCAUACUUCAUUAUUUCUGUCUAAGCCUUAUAGACCUGUGUGGUUGUGUGGAUUGUAGUUUGUGUACUGAAGAAAGGUCAAAAUAACAUUUCUUGGAGUAUUUAAUACUUAUUAUUAGCAUUUGUGAUUGUAUGAAUAAUUUCCCCAAGUAGGACAGAAUGUGUCUGGGCUUAAAGACGAGCACUACAUAUCUCAGGCAGCAAGAGCAAAUUAUAAGAACAAAGUUUGCUCAUGUUCGACAGAAAUAUGCUCAGUUGGAGUAUGAAGAAAAUGUUGCUUCAUAUGCCCUGCUUGAUCAUGUAUUACAUCUCAGACAUGUACAGAUUUCUUUAUUGUUGUCAUGGGGGAAUCUAUUAUGUGUUUCAUUAAUUAUUAUAUAUGAUGAUGUCAGUCAUAGUGUCUGUAGUAUAUGAUAUAACUAUUUGUAAGUUCACUAGCCUCUGGUCCUGUAAACUGAGCGCAUAUGAUCAAACUUGUUUUCCCUGAUGUACUGUGGUAAUGUUACGCUGUAUAGUUGUUGUUUUUGUGGACGAAGUUAAACCUUUACAGUGUUUUUUUGUUUUUGUUUUUUGCCAUCAGACUCACAACUCUGCUUUUUGGGUGCAACAGCACAUAGACUUGACGUUAUUCUCAUCAUAUCCUCUAAGAGGCAGUAGAGAUCUGUUGUUUUUGACCUAAGCACUCCACUGUAGGCAUAUAAUUUAGCCUAAUAUCUAAGCACAUUAAAUGUUACACAAGUAUUCUGUUGAAAAACUUAGCCCAGUUGAAAGCAGUCAGGGUUUUGAUGCUUUCUUUAUUUAAUGCACAAAUUUCCCGUUACUAUGAUGAUAGUACAAAAACAUGUCUAAGUUUGAUGUAGACAAGUGUUGAAUUUAUGCAAAUAUGACUAUCUGAUUGUGAUUUAUACAAAAUGUCUGAUUUCUUCCCGGGAUGUCCUGUUACACUAAAUAUCACAGACCACUUCAGCCACCUAGUGUCAAGACUCGUUCUUCCUUUCAAAAUGUGCAGUGUACUAGCAUAUAUAGUUUGGUUGGUCGUGUAAUGCUUACCAGCGUCACAAUGAUAGACACAGAAUUCCAAACUUAAACUGACAGACGUUAUACUGUCAUAGCAUCCUCAACCAUACUGACUCCGCUUACAGACGUAAUAUCAGCAAUACACCAAAUUAUUAGCAAAGGUGGUGUUUCAAGACCUUUCAAAUAUUUUUUUGAUUGUAAAUUGCACUAGACCACUGACAAUGUUCAUAGGAUGUAAAACUAUAAUGUUGUAAUUGUACAGAUUUAAUAUCAUGUUAAUGAACUUGCAGUGAUCAUGUUAUUUUCUAUAUGCAGUUAUAACAUUAUGGUUGUCCAUCAAAUUGUCUUAUGUCAAAACAAAAUAUAGAUUGUCACACCAAAUAAGACAUCGCCAAAAGAAAAUUGAUUCACUGCACAUAUGCUUGACGCUUAGAGCACAAUUUAUUGAUUGGUCUCCUUUAGUGUGAGAAGUGCAGACAAAUGCAAGUGCAAUAAUUGGGAAUGUUACUUGCAUGUAAAGGAAGACCCACUUCAGCACAGUUAUUCUAUAUGUUGUUAUUAUUGGUGCUUAUUGUUUUAUUUUUCCAGCGUUUUAUAUUGUUUGUUAAAUCCUUGUAUUUUAUCUGGAACAAUGUAAUAAAGAUAUUAAACAAU